UGCCGCCAUCGCUACCGGAUCAGCCGAUCCGGUCCGAACCGGUAGCAUUUCACCCCUGGGUUGGAGGGCUGUAGAACGGGGGGAUCUCCAGACAAGAUUGGCAGGCUGAGGAAUUCUGGGAGAUGAAGUCCACGAGUCUUAAAAGUCGCCACGGCUGGAGACCCCUGCCGUAGAAGAUGCUAGAAGCCUCUGGUAGUGAAAUGGCCAAAACAACCGCCAAAUAAAACCAUUGCUGCGAAUGCAAAUAGCGUUUGCCGCGAAUCAACAUUUCUGGGGAGUAGGAACAAAUUGGCAUGAUGUCACGCGGUCGACACGUUGCUGCUAGCCUCGUUGGGUAUUGUGGCGUAACCUUUGUUUUUCUCGCUUGUGUGUGGUUCCGCGGCCGUUCCGUGGUUGCUGAGAAACCGUGGUCAGAGGUGGGACUGUAAGCGAAUAAUUUCAAACCUGGUUUCCUUUUUUUUUUUCCGCCCACUUGCGUCUUCCGGUCUUGAACUCUAAGGGGAAGAUGAAGUUUGCCUGCUCUGAGUAGGACGGAAAGAUGAGUGGGCUCUGUUUGGCUACUUGAACUCUUCCGCACGUCUUUCAGCUGGAAUCUGAGGUUCUUCCAUGGUUUUGUUGUUUUUUUUUUUCAGUUCCGCAGAUGAGCAGCAAUUGAUCAGUCCAGCAGUUGUCGCAAUUUUCCUCGCCCGAUUAUUUAAGUUUCUCGGCUGUCGAUAAGGGGAAUUGGUCGUUUAUGGUAACGAAGACGUCGGCUCAGCAUGGCUCGGAGAAGAUAGUAGGGCAAGGCAGCAGAACCUGGGUUAGGAUGGCUUUCUUGGAUAACCCGGCUAUUAUCCUAGCUCACAUCCGACAGUCGCAUGUGACCAGCGAUGACACGGGGAUGUGUGAAAUGGUCCUCAUCGACCACGACGUCGACCUGGAAAGAUUCCAGCCGGCUUCGGCCAACGGGGACGACAGCUCGGAAGGACCAAGCAGUAACGGCGAACCUCAGGGUUAUGCGUAUUCUCAGUCCGUGGACAUUACCUCAAGCUGGGACUUCGGCAUUCGAAGGCGUUCAAAUACAGCUCAAAGACUCGAACGGCUAAGGAAAGAGAGGCAGAAUCAGAUCAAAUGCAAAAACAUUCAGUGGAAAGAAAGAAAUGCAACCUGUUCUGCCGAGGAGCUGAGCCGCCUCUUCGAGAAGAAGAACUUCAAGGUGAAGCCGGCCCAUGCUCCCGUGAAGCCAUCAAUCCUCUCAGUCCGGCUGGAACAGUGCCCUCUGCAGUUGAACAAUCCCUUCAACGAAUACUCCAAGUUCGAUGGCAAGGGCCACAUCGGCACAACCCCAACAAAAAUAAUUGACGUCUACCUCCCACUCCACGCCAACCAGGAGAAGUUGCAGCCCAUGACGGUGGUGACCAUUGCCAACGCCAAGGUGCAGGAUUUGAUCGGGCUCAUCUGCUGGCAGUACACGAGCGAAGGACGGGAACCCAAGUUGAACGACAACGUCUGUGCUUACUGCCUUCAUAUUGCCGAAGACGAUGGGGAAGUUGACACGGAUUUCCCACCCUUGGAUUGCAACGAACCCAUUCACAAGUUCGGCUUCAGUACGCUGGCCUUGGUCGAGAAGUAUUCAUCGCCGGGCUUGGUAGCCAAGCAGUCUCUUUUUGUCCGAAUAAACGCCGCGCAUGGAUUCUCCCUGAUCCAGGUGGAGAGCCUGAAGGUCACCAUGAAGGACAUUUUGCAAAAGGCUCUGAAACGAAGGAAAGGGUCGCAGCGAGGCUCAGGACCUCAAUACCGCCUGGAGAAACAGAGUGAGCCCAACAUUCCCAUCGACUUAGAUUGUACCUUGGAGAGCCAAAGCACUCUGGAAUUUUGCCUCGUCCGUGAGAAUAGCGGAGGCUCCAGAGGGGAGGAGAUCGCGGAAGAAGAUCCCCAGAUCGACAUCGCGACCGUCCAGGACAUGCUGAGCAGCCAUCACUACAAGUCGUUCAAAGUCAGCAUGAUCCACAGACUGCGCUUCACCACGGACGUUCAGUUAGGUAUUUCCGGUGACAAGGUGGAGAUAGAUCCUGUGACCAAUCAGAAAGCCAGUACCAAGUUCUGGAUUAAGCAGAAGCCGAUCUCCAUCGAUUCGGAGCUCCUGUGCACUUGCGACCUUGCUGAAGAGAAGAGCCCAAGUCAUGCAAUAUUUAAGCUCACCUAUCUCAGCAACCACGAUUACAAGCACCUCUACUUUGAGUCCGACGCUGCCACCGUCAACGAGAUCGUGCUGAAGGUAAGGCCGAGCUUUCGAUCCCUUUGACCCAGCCAUUGUCAGGGGGCUUAACCAAUAGGGUAGAAGUUAGGGGGCCUUCCAG